AUGAGCGAAUUUCGAACGAGCGUGACGAUAGCAGGAGGGGACCUUCUCAACCUCUGCGGAGUUGUCCAGUUCAUUCAUCAAGCUUUGCGCGGCUUUGUGGCAAGCCCUCCAUUUGCGAAGACAAUCCUCGGCGAUGCGAACAAGCUCCAGUUGGACAACGGCCAUACCUUGUUGCUGAAGUUUUGCUGUAUGUUCGCAUGUCAGAACGAACGGGCGGACCAGCGCUUCGACGUCGAGCGCUUUGGCGACGAGCGCUCUGAUGACGAGGUGGUUGGUUUGGAUGUCAAGCUCUGGGCGAAACCUGAUCUCUUGGAGUUGGCAUAUCUCGAUAAAAGUUCGACUGGGCGUCCGGCGACUAUCUUUUUCAACAGCUUGCCAGAGUCGUUCUUCGAUACGUCUGAACUCGAAGUGGUCUCGGAACACGAUGUACCUGACCACUACAACUCGCGUUUCGUGUUCCAGGAUCCGGUCUCUGGAAUCAAAAUGCUGUUCCAGCGCGCCAUGUUACUUCUGUCACGUGGCGGGCGUUGA